UACUGCCGCGCGCGCCGCCGCUGCCGCGGGCUCCCCCCCCCGCCCCGGCCGCUGCGAGGAAGAGCCCUGGGAAGUGGUGCCGGUGCGGCCGCGGGCGCCAGGGGCGGCCGGGAGGCGGCCGGAGCCAUGCUGGGCAGCGGGGCCAAGGCGGCCAAGCCCUCCUUCGUGUCGUACAUCAGCCCGGAGGAAAUAUACAUAAAGGAACCUAUAGAAAAGGAAGUAAACCCUCACUUAUUACCAGGUGAACUGCUGCUUUGUGAGGCAAACACAGUAUACAAGUAUAUGCAAGAAGAUGGAUCAAAUCGUGGCACUUGCGGGAAACUUGUAUGCACAAACUUCAAGAUUGCUUUCCUUGACGACGAUACUUCUGCAGACGAUAACGAGCCACAAUUUAAGAAUAAGAUUGUAGGAGAAAAUGACAUAACCUUGCAAUGUGUAGACCAAAUCUAUGGAGUUUAUGAUGAGAAAAAGAAGCUUCUAACUGGACAACUGAGAAAAUACCCAGAAAAGCUAAUUAUCUACUGUAAAGACCUUAGGGUAUUUCAUUUCUGCCUGAGAUAUACAAAGGAAGAGGAAGUGAAAAGAAUCGUCAGUGGUAUAGUUCAUCAUAGCCAGACUCCUAAGCUGCUUAAACGCUUGUUUCUGUUCUCUUAUGCAUCAGCUGCCCCAAACAACACAGAUAGAAGAAACCAAACUGUAAUGUUUGACACUCUUGAGGAUUGGCGUGGAGAGCUGGAGCGGACCAAAGGAAAUGUGAAAUACAAAGCAGUGACUACCAAUGAAGGCUACAGAGUCUCUGAAAAGCUGCCUUUGUAUUUUGUUGUUCCCAUAUGUGUUUCUGAAGAGAGUAUCUUGAAGUAUGAAGGCAGAGGCAUUCCUAUUUGGUGUUGGUCUUGCCAUAACGGUGCUGCUCUUCUCAAAAUGUCUGCAUUUCCCAAAGAACAGGAUGACAGCACUUCACAAAUGCAAAAAAUCUUCUUGGAUGGAAUCUAUAAGACCAUUAGCAAACCUCCCUAUGAACUCCUGAAGAUGGAUGACUUGUCUAGCAGCCUUCCAUCUCUGCAAGAUAUCCAGACUGCGUACACAAGAUUUAAACAGCUGUUUUUGAUAGACAACAGUACAGAAUUCUGGGCAACUGAUGUGAAAUGGUUUUCAUUACUGGAGAGCACAAACUGGCUAGAGAUAACCAGGCGAGUCCUGAAGAAAGCAAUAGAAGUUGCUGAGUGUCUGGAAAGACAGCAUACAAAUGUUCUCCUUAUAGAAGAGAGUGCUACUGAUCUGUGCUGUGUAAUCUCUAGUCUGGUUCAAGUGAUGAUGGAUUCGUACAGCAGAACAAAGUCAGGGUUUCAGAGCCUUAUUCAGAAGGAGUGGGUAAUUGGAGGACAUGGCUUUUUGGAUCGUUGUAACCAUUUACAUAAAAGCGACAAAGAAGAGGCUCCUGUUUUUCUGCUCCUGCUAAAUUGUGUUUGGCAGUUGGUACAACAGUAUCCUCCAGCAUUUGAGUUCACCGAAACUUACUUAACCGUCUUGUCAGACAGCCUCUAUGUGCCUAUUUUUAGCACUUUCUUCUUCAACUCACAACAUCAAAGAGACACUAAUACGAGUGGUGAAAGCCUCAAGACACAAAGUGGGCCUUUCAGAUUUCUUACUGUGUGGGACUGGUCUGUGCAGUUCGACCCUAAGGCCCAGGCUUUCCUGAACAACCCUCUUUAUGCGGAGAAGCCAAAACCAGAUAAAAGUCAGCGGAAAACUUCACGUUUCAAACAUCAACGGCAACUUUCUUUGCCAUUGACACAAACAAAAUCUUCCUCGAAGAGAGGAUUUUUCAGGGAGGAAACUGAUCAUUUAAUUAAAAACAUUCUGGGUAAAAGAAUUGGCAAGUUCAUAAAUUCUUCAGAUGAACCUCCUAAUAGCUUCAGGGAAUUUUAUGAUAGCUGGCAUAGUAAACCUGUUGACUAUCAUGGUCUUCUGUUACCUCGCAUCGAUGGCCCUGAAAUAAAAGUCUGGGCGCAACGGUAUUUACGAUGGAUUCCUGAAGCCCAGCUUCAUGGUGGUGGUACAAUAGCUACAGCUGCCAAGAUUUUGGACUUGAUGGAGGAAGUGCAAAGCUUGCAGGUGAAGAUGGAUGAAGAGCAUAGUCAAGCUAUUUCCAGAGAUGUACAUUGUGUUCCAAUGCUGAGAAGUUCUGCCCGUUUGUCAUCCUUGUUUCCGUUUGCUUUACUUCAGAGACAGUCUAUCAAACCAGCUUUACCCACUAGCACCUGGAAAGACUUGGAAGAUGAAGAUGAUUUGGUCAAGAGGGAUGAUGAAUUUGUUGAUCUAAGUGCUGAUAUGCCAUAAAGUGUAUAUAAAUCAAAGUAUGAAUUGUAUGUGGCUGAGCUCCCAAGUUUUAAAUGUUGUGCUGUGUCUUCAUAUAAGAAACUCACUCAACCAUUUGUAGCCUGUUUAAUGGGUUUGUAGGGUUAAAAACCCCUUGGUUGGAAAGAACUAGUUGCCGUGAUUAACUGAGCAUAUUUUUAACUUAAGUUUCACUUUUACAGUAUUUAUUGCAGCAACACAUUUUAGCAUAGCUGUAAUAAAAACGCAUCUAGGCUGGCGUAGACAUAUGGCCACCUUGUUUAAAAAAUAAAAACAAACAACAAAAACCCUGUUUUCUGAUGUGAAGGUGAAAUACUAAACAUAUAUAGCAAUGAUUACUAUCUUAACAUAACCCCUUAUGCUAAGAGUACUAGGAUUAGAAAUACUGUGACUAGGAACUUAAUACGUCUGCAUUUUCCCCUCAUGUAAACAGGGAAAGGUGCAACUAAAUGCGCAUUCACAAAUAAGCAUGGUACAGCUGAAGAAUAAACUCAUGGUCACCAGGGGUUUUCAGUCUGUUGUGGCAUCAACUGAAGUCAUGUGCUUGUCAACAUCAUCUUUUCUGACAGCAUUCAUGUUUUGACUUGCAGCACUUCAUCUUGUGUGGUAUUGUAAUAGCAGCUUGGCUGCUCUAAGCCUGUGCAUGAACUUAGCUUAAGGAUCAGAUGCAAGAGCUUAACUACACAUUUCAAGUCUUAUUGUGUGGCUGCUGUGCUAUACGUCCUUGCUGCCUUGGAAUAUAGUCCCAAAUGUUUGCUGUUAAUUGUAAGAACUGGCCUGACUGUGAGAUUCUAAUUUGCUAUGAGUAUUUUUUCUCCUUUUAAUAGAGCGAGACAUUCAUUUUGACUUCCCCAUUUAUGCCAGUUGCCUUUGAGGCUUUCUGUAGCUUGCACUGAGACCCCUUACAUAGAAGGGAAAACUUUUUUUUUUUUCUAUAAUCUUGCAAUGAAGCUGGAUUUGCAGUCAGUUGCUACUUGUCAUGAGUUGGUCCUACAGCUUAUGAAUGUGGCGUUCAUACCAUAUGAACAUUUGCAUCCUGUUGCUGGAUGUUUUAACAGUACCUCAGUGAAAAAAGCCAUAAAGAAAUGCCUGUUGAUUUUGAUCUACUGUGUGUAUGUUUAUAUAUAUAAAGUAUUUUUACUGCAGAUAAUUUUCCUUUGUAAAGCUGAAUAUUAUUUGACUGUCAAAUCUAUUUUAAACCCUAAAAUUCUAGAAUACACCAAGAAUGGAUGCAAGUCAUAAAAUCAGUUACCCUGAGAGCAUAGACAUUGAAUAUUUUCUGUGUUCUCAUACCAAUUUAGAAGUCGGUGUUGGAAAACUUGGCUGGUGGAGAAACUGUUGCUUAAAUUGUAUCAGCUCUGUGUAAAUGGGGAUAUUAAACUGGGUUACUGAUUGAUCAUUUCACACAGAGAGUCAUUUUAAUAAUGUGUAGCAAAAAUUUUAUCAGCAGCCCUCUAAAAAUAAACUUUAAUAUGUUAAAGUAAAUGUAUUGAUGGGGAAAGAGGGAGAAUUUAAUGCAACUAUGCCAAACUUAAGCUUCCCAAGUCUUAAUUAAUUGCCUUAAGUCUUAGUUGUGUGAGGACAAUACUUGAGUUUGUAACAUUUUAUCUAAAAAAUAUACUAGUACUUAUGCUUUCUUCUGUAAUACAUAUGAACAUACAGCUAGCACUUGCUACAGUGGACUGUCCAGCACACGUCCUUCAGACUUUAUUAUUGUAGUUCAAUUGACUCAUGUAUGCAAUAGUACUUUGCAUGUUGAAUGAGCAAUGCAUCUUUAUGGCAAAGAAAUGCCUAUCAUUCUAAGGUCAUUUGGGUUCAAGCAUUUUUUUAAAUGCUGCAUUAGAAAAAAUAUUAAAUGGAUUUUUCUAUACUUUUGAUCAAGCUGUUAGAAUGUUUCAGUCAUGAAGAUUACAUAUUUAUAUUAAAGAAUAUAAGAUGUUGGACAUCUUAUUUGUACAUAAGUUAUCAGAAGUUUUUAUAGAAGAGAAACAUAUAUGUGGAAUUGAACAUGGGGAUAUUUCUUACGUAGAUUAAAUAUCAUUGUUAUUGGUUUUCUGCACUGUGGGAUUGGAAAUGUACUUAAUAUCUUUACUCCAGGCUUCUGUUUAUACCUCUGAGUUUUUACACUGAAUGCAAGCUAGAAGCUUUACAGUUUUGGUUUUUGAAUACUGUCAUUUGUCUGUAGUGGAAAAUAUCAAUAAAAUAUACUUUGAUGUA